AUGACCAAAGCUUGGACCUACAAUUCGAUUCAUUCGACUUUGGCGGUCAUCCAAACCACGCACCACGGAGUUUGGAAUCAUCUCUUUCCCGCAGUCACCGUUUGCAACCACAACCUAGUUUCCCUGAAAAAGGCUCGCAAAUUCGUCAACGAAUUAAAGUACUUGCAAGGAUUUUCACGAGACUACGUGCUCAAAGAAAUGCAGUUGUUGGCAGAGAUGGUGGACCCUGGUAUCUUUGGCUACGAUGUUUACUUCAAUCUUACUGCUCUUCAAAACGUUUUUCAUGCCAAUAAUUACACGGCCCCUCAAAUCAUGAAAUUGGUGAAACAAGAUUGCUCGGUUCUAUUGAGAAACUGCAAAUGGAAGGGAGAAACCGAAUCAUGUGAAGAUAUAUUUGAAGAAGUAUACGUACGUGAUGGUAUUUGUUGCAGUUUUAAUUUCUUUCAUAAUAAUACUAAAAUAAAUAAUGGAAGGAGACCCCAACAAGUUAGCGCUUGUGGUUACCAAACAGCAUUGAGUUUUGAAGUACAUCCAGAACCUGAAGAUUAUCAUGUAGCAUUGUACCCUUCGUACGGAGUGAAAACACUGAUACACUAUCCCUACGAUCACCCAUACCGCAGCUGCCAGUAUAAAUUAAUUAGCCUCGGAGUCCAAAAUUUCAUGAACGUCAAGCCUCAAGAAUUUUAUUCGACUCGAAAUACGAAAAGCCUCCCUCUACGAAGCCGACAAUGCUUAUCCGAGAACGACCAAGUGCCCGAACCACUACAACUCCUAAUGAGAAAUUACACCAUGCUCAAGUACAGUUACGUUAACUGUUUGACCAAUUGUAGGACGUCGGUUGUUGUUAACGAAUGUGGUUGUGCGCCUUUUUAUGUACCACAAAAUCGUACGAGUUUAAUACUUAUAGCUUACAGGAUAUGGUUUUUUACAUUUUUAUAUAGGCACGUGCAAACUAUUGUUUUAGAUACCAGAGUGUGCAACCUGCGAGAUUUGAUAUGCAUGAAGAAAAUUCAACGCCUUUACGACAUGUCUUGGCCAACUUUGGACAUGUAUAGUGAUGAUUUGUUAGAGGCAGAUAUAGAUAUAACAACCAGACCUUGUGGCUGCUUGCCAGAUUGUACGAUUUAUUCAUACCCACUGUACAGUACUCAAGCUCACUUGCAAAAAGCCUACACUUCUUCCAGAUUAUCGGAAGACGCCGGUAACUUUGGGAAUUUCAGUAUCAUCAAUGUAUUUUAUGAGGAUUUGGUUACUACGAGAUAUCGUCGUGACCAUCUUUUGGAGGUCUACUAA